AUGAAAGUUCUCAACCUACUCGCACUGAUGAUAGUGAUGCUAACCUUAGCUAUAGUAAAUGCUCAAUAAUAAAUGGAUCUUAAGCCUCCACCUACACCUGGAUUUAAUGGUAGACCUAGUGAUUAUGUUUAUACUUCUCCUCCUCCUCUUACUACUAACACUUUUCCUCCUAAAUCUCCUCCUUCUAGUACUACAACUACUACCCCUCCUCCAUCUGGAAGAGGAAUCCCUAAGCCACCUACAACCACAAAUUGA